UUGAGGUUAUAAAAUUUUGAGCGGGCUCAGUUUGCGCUUUGCAAUCCGCAAUCCUAAACACUUCUAGAUUUUCUUCAACGUGUCAUUUACGUUUUCAUUCGAAAAGAUCUCUUUCUCAAUGUAUCAUUAGUGAUUGGUGAUUAUAUCCCACCAUGGAAGAACCAUUUUACAGCUUAAGUUCAGUUCUAAACCUCUCCAAAGAAUGGUCAGAUCUCUUAGAUAACUCCUGCUUUGACAUCAUUUCUAAGAUGCCCGAAGAAAUAGCCACCCUCAUUUUCAGGUCUCUGGACUCAGAGUCUUUAUAUUCAGCAGCUUUCGUCAAUCAUAACUGGUUAGCAAUUUGCCACUCAGACUCUGUCUUGAGGAGUAGGGUUCGACAGCACAUCAAAAAGAAACGAAAGAGACCUCGAAAUGAAGAUGAUCAAGAAAGUGUUUUAAGCCAACACAGCCAAGCAAGUGAUAAUGUGUUAUCCUCUAGUCCUGAACCGUACAUGAUUCGAAGACUUGUUGCUAAACGCACCAAGAGAAAUCAUGAAACAUUAUCUCAGCCCUCAUCUUCUAAAAUGGCACACUCUCAGUGGUUGAAAAAGUUUGUCAGUAGAUCAUCUUCGGACGAAUCCUUAACACCCUCCCUCAGAAUGAACCUGCGAAUCUAAAGAGAUGAGGACACUCUUUUACAGGAGGAGUAUGAUUUGUUUUAAUGAUUCAUAGUUAAUAUUCAUUUUUUAAAGUAAGAAACCUCUUAAUAGUUUUUUAAAUUUUUAUUGUGGUUGUGGUUGAUCUCGCAAAUUAUUUUCUAUCUGUGAAAGACCUAUUUUGUAACAAUCAGUGUACUGCCGUGCUAUGGAAAAAUGGCGUGUGAGCAUUCAAAUGUAGGGGAGUUUCCUUUCAGAAAAUAUGUAUUUUUGAAGAAAGUUUCGAAUAUUUUUCCUUGAAAUUUUCAGACACUCUAGACCAAAUUACAAACAAAAGUCUCUAAAAAGUCAGAAGUAAACAUAGAAAUUUUCCUGAAAAUUCGAGCUCUAUCCAGGGAAAUUUGCAACAUUUGAACGCUCAUAUGGCAUUUUUCCUUAGCAUGGCGGUGUAGUCAGCAAGACUUCGGCCUUGGGUUAAAAGGGGUUGAGUGAAGAUACAUGACCCCAUGUUUGGAAAGAAGGAUAGCCUCUCCCCCGUAUUAAAAGUGAUUUUUUUUUUGAUAGGUCGAAAGAGGAACUUCCGAAUAAUGAUUUUCCUAUCUUCUCCUGCCCUAAAAAUGGAACUUUUGAAUGAAAUUUUGUGAUGCAUCAAUUCAAAACAAAAGAAAAAUGUGUACUACCUAUCACUUUUCAUGUUAACCUCAAGACUGAUUUGUAGAACACCAAAAUAUGUCGUACUAUUUCUAGUCAUCAGAAAUGAAGGCCAUAAUAAUUGAGACAUUUGAUGCAAAAAGGACACUUCUAUGUUGCAGGGUUUCAGAAUGGUCGUGACUUUAUAUUUAUAAGUAGAAUCUAUCGGGUGAAUGCUCUAAAAUUUUUGCAAAAUAAUGAAGAAUAUUCAGUAAAAGUUUCAACGAAUUGAAUGCAUUUGCUUUAAUCCUAAUUAUUGAUGAAAUGUCAGGAGAAAUUCUGAAACUCUGCAACCGAAAAGUACCCUCUCUGCACCUAUUGCUUCAAUUUGGGAGCUUCUAGUAAACACAUAAAAUGCUUGUCGGAGUGCACCAAGAUGAAACUAAGGGCUGUAUCCUUAGUAGCCCCUUAAACAGCUUCUCUCCUUACAGAGGCCCCACCUGGUCUGGGUACAUUGUGCUUAAGAAACGUUUAAGGACAUUUUGAACAUAGCAUCAUGUGAAGAAACAUUUUUACAAAAUCUAUAUAUAAUUCAGCAGCAUAACUCUAGAAAUGGAUGCUCAUGAGGGAUCAAAAUUAUAUACCACCAUAAAAAAUGCAAAGGAAUGUAAAUUGCGAGUUCUGCAUAUUUUAAGACUGGUUUACAACUAGAAAUUGAAACAUUUCGCCGCCACGAUUCGCUGCAAAUUUUUUAAAAUGUGCUGAGGAAUCUGAAAAGCAGACAGAAGCUCUGAGUGUAGCCUCCUGAAAACGAAAAUAUGAAGCUAAAUAACGCGAAAUCGGCCAUUUUCCAGACUGAAUGUGAAAUAGCUCGAAAUCCGUGAAAUUCACCGCUAAAUCAUCCAUAUACAUCUGCAAAAUCUGUAAAUUUUCUUGAAAUUUACGUAUGUAAGCGUGUCAGACGUUUGCCGCGCUCUUUUUCAAAAUGAAGAAAUCACAGAGUUGUUUUUGAGCAUUGGCCGUCAUUGGCAACAGUGUCAGUGCUUCUGUGAAAUAGGUUUAGAGAGAUACUGAGCGAUGGCUCGUUAAAUCAAAUUGAAAGCUUUAUUAUAAGCUGUCAAACGCAGAAGCACUGCAGAAACAAUGUCGAAAUCAGCAAAAAUAAAAUCAAAAUUGUAAAAAAUAACAGCGGAAUUAGGAAAAAAUAACAGCAAAAUGUUCCAAUCUCCAUUUGCAACUAGUUUUGAGUAGGUCAAAAUCUCAACAUUUUUUCUCUUGGAUUUUUAAUUUUUUGUAAAGGCAAAUCAUUAUGAUCUUACACGGGGAUCUAUUUCCAAAGUGAUACUGUUGAAUUUCACUUGAGAUCUGCUUAAACUAUUCUUUUUAAGAUCAAAUGUCAUGGAUUUCCUUAUAGCUCCCUUAAUCACAAUUAAAGCUAUGUGGGACCCUCUGAGAAGAGGAGUCGUUUAAGGAGCAACAGCGAAUAUGACCCUGAAUCAUGUUAGCAGAAUGUAGGUAGAAAGUUUACCUAUCCCUUUUUCUCUUUCGUAUUUUGAAAGAGAAGCCCUUUAAGGAUCAUCAACAGUUCCAGGUAUGUCUCUUUUCUAGUAUUGCCAUGAAGUUCCAUGAGAAAAUGCUUUAAAAGUUAACUUGAAAAUUGUACCAAAACAAGUUCUAUUGUUUCACCAAAAAAUUAUCCAACAAAAUAAUUGAUACUUUUUGUCUCAGAACCGUACCAGAAAGACUGUAUUACACAUGUUUUUGCAAAAAUUAUACUGUAGUAAGAACAACUGUAAGCCUACAGACAAGCUAUGAAUUAAUUUAUUAUCUCUUCAAGAUUCCAUGAAGGAAACGAAUCGCUCAAUGGGCAGUCCAGAAAUCAAUUUCUUGCAGAGAUAUAAUGUUUCCAUUUAACAUUGAUUGAUUAGCGAUAAUGCAAGAGAUGUCAAUUGUAUAAUCUAACUUCCAGUUGAUCUGUGUAAAAGAAACUUUUUAUUAUUUCGUUUAGGAGUUGAUUUCCAAACCCACCGUUCUAAGAAUCGUUUUUUUUUUUUUCCAUGAGAUCUUGAAGAAAAAACAUACAACUUUUUUCCUAGAAUAGACACAUCACUCAUUUUUACUAACUUGACUUGAAAUUUGAUGGUAGUAUUGAAACGCAUUGUUGAUAAGUACCAAUAGAGUUGCCAUUGAGAUUUCUCAAUUCUCUUCUUAGCAGUGAGUUCUCUUUACUCCAUGAAAAAAGUAUCUUUCCCAUCACAGAAUUAGAAAACUUUUUAUGUCUUUUAUCUCCUCCCUCAACUCUAACAAUAUUCAGAUGCUGUUUUUCUCCUGUUGUUUUGUCUAAAUCAUUUUUACUGUUUCUUGUGUUCGGAUAAGUCGUUUCUAGAAGUAAGUUCACCGUACACGCAACCCUUUCAAUUACACCCUUUUAGUUGGUGUGAAAGAAGGUAUUAUUACUUGGACAAUUUGUCCUCAGUAAAUAUUCUGUUUUCUCAGGAUGUUUAUUCUUGAAGAUUAUGAAAUUGCCGUGCAAAACAAAUCAAAAGUUGCAUACUUCCCAAUAAGUUAAUUGGAAAUAUUGCUCUUUUUAAGGAAGAACUGAUUCUUCCUUGAAAACUCUGUAAAAAGGAUUUUAAAUUAUCACUUAGGACACUUGAGUUGCGGGAUGAACUUUGGUUCCAGUUAAAAUCUUGCCCAAAAAGGCUAAAGUCGUUUAUUUUCUUAAAAUAAUAGUUUGUUCCCAGCUAUUUCCUUUUCUGCUUUUCUAAUUUCUAGAAGGGGUAAAUUAAGCUGCCAGUUUUGAUAAUGCGCCAAAAAUAGGAAACAGGAGGAAAAGUAUACCCUCUUCAACGUUUUACUCUUUCAAGGAAAUUUUUUAGCUUUCCUCUCAAAAUAUGGCUUUUCUUUUUUUCCGAACUGCUGGGGUGGCUGGGUGUUUUAUUUUGCAGAGAUAAAAGUCAAUUCCCAUGUGUAAGAAUAGCUACCAUUUUUGAAAAGCACUAAGUAAAAUUUAGGUUGAUUUAUUAUUCUUUUACAGUAAAAAUUUAUGCCUUCAGUUAUGAAACUUAAAGAUUUAUAUUUUUGUUCAAUUUAUUAUUGAAAAUUUUAUAGGUUGAGUCUUUUGAUCUCUCUAUGGUUAUAUUCUUUCUCAGCGAAGAAAAAAAUCAUGUAUAUAUAUUUGUAAGCACAAAAAAAAAAAAAAAAAAACCUUUGUUCUUGGAGCGUGCAAGUUGUUAUAUUUUAUGAAGUAAUUUUGUUUUUGUAGAAUCAAAUAUUUACUUCUUUAGAAUAAGUUGUUUCUUUCUUGUAAUAAUUACUGAAAAUGGUUUGAUCAGAAAGCGUUCAUAAAUGCAUCUAUAAUUUAUUAUGAUAUCAUAGGUAGCUUUUAUAGAUAAGUGGAAUUCAAAUAAUUUAGUAGCUUUCUAAUUUUUCCAUUCCAUGAAAAUGCUUUAAGUAUUCAUUACUCUUUAGUACGAAUAUAGAUCAAUUUAAAUUGGUCAAAGGUAGAUUUUUUUCUAAUACUUUCCAAUGAUAUGCAUUAAAAUAUAACAAAAAAGUAUUUGGUCAUUUUCCGAUUUUUCAAGAAAGGAACUUAUCGAAAAACCUGAGAGCCUUGUAUCUCGAUUGUUAUAUUUCAAAACUACUGGUUUCACUUACUUUAUUUUGUAAAAGUGAAAGGAAUCUACUUAGCACCACCUUCAAACUAAAAGGAAAACCACAACAAUAUAAAAUAGGUUAAGUUGAACAGUCUUUCAAUAAAAAGAUAAAUGUGACAAGAAUUUUCAUAAUCAUAAAAUUACAUGUGUUCUCAGAGUUUAGCCAUUGAUAUGAUAUAGAUUCUUUUCCUUUCCUCUCUGUGAUAUGAGUUGGUAAAAACAGUUAUACAUGUAUCAUGCAUAGUGAUGAACGCUGAAUUCUUGCUCCUCACUCCUUUUUUAGCUGCCAACUUUUGAGCUCAUGAGUCAGACAGAAAGGAAAAUAGCAAACUGCCACUUGUUUUACCUAUCUUUGUUGCCUUUGAAUAGAUUCAAAAGUAACCCAGGCAAAGAAGAAGUUAGGAACAAAAUCUUAGCAGACAUCACUGAUCAUGCACUAAACUGCCACUAGAAGUCUGAUUUUAAAACUGCGUUUAAUUUUAAAAAAUAGUAUAUUUCUUGUACUUAAGUAUUAAGUGAUUUCUUUUGGGAACAAUUCUAUUUCAUUACUUGUGAAAUACAAGCCACGAUGCUUAGGAUUACAUAAAUUUAUUCCAAAAAAAGAAGUAGUAUUUGGCAUGAGAAGUAUUACACACCAUUUGUUUUUUGUAAAAUUGAAAAUAAAUUAAGUAAUAAUAAAUAAAUUUAGUCUAAGUUGUUGACAAAGUUCAAUAAAAAAUAUACUUUCGAUUGCUGAAAACCGUUCCAGCGAGUAAUCAGUCAUUUUUAGAUCCAUGUCUAUUCUGUUUCAAUUGACCAGUUUUAAGUUUCAACCAUUUUUAACUGAUGUUUUGAUUAACUUCAUUCGAAGCAAUCAACUCUCUCCUCAGAAGAAUUUUAAAAAGCGAGUCAAAAAAAGAAAGAAAAACCCUGUACUAGACUGUAUGUUGUUGUUUUUUCAUCUGAAUAGAUCUGUUCUUUGUAUUUUCUGGGACAGCAACCAUUUUGUUUGACGGAAGAGUCCAAAAUGGUUUACAUACUCUAAAAUAACGUUUCAACAGAGUUUUAUGAUUUAAUUUUAAUUUUGUUGUAUGUAUAGAAUUUAUCUUUCUCUUUUUUUUUAAAAAAAAAUAUCACUAUUUUAUGUCAAUGUUGUUUUCGGGUGUGAUAAUUAUUUUAAUAAAGGUUUCAUGUGAUUA